AUGUCCGGCCUAGAAGUUAUCGGCGGUAUCUCUGCGGUCAUAUCUCUCCUCGAUGCCUCAAUCAAGAUCUACGACAGUGCGCAGGAUGACAUCAAGUUGUCCGCAACAUUUGAAGUUAUUCGACGCCGGCUCCCGGUCCUUCUCCAUACCCUUGAGACCUGCAAAAAGCAUCUAGGUUCGAGAAAAGAUGUAAUACCUGGAGAUGUUUGCGAAGCCUUGGAAAAUAUCCUUGACGCUUGCGAUGCAAAGGCUUCAAGUUUGAGAGGCAUCUUUGAGAAGGGUAUACCUGGUGAAGGUGAUACAUGGGAGAAACGGUAUUUGAAGGUCCUCCGCAGACUUGGCAAAGGCAACAAGGUCGAGGAGCUUAUGGGAUCAAUUGCGGAAGACGUUCAACUCAUUGUCAACCAUCACGCGGUCCAGUCUGCGAAUGCACAACAAAAUCUUGAGCUAGAAACUAUUGUCAAAGAGAUGAAAUCAGUCGAUUCUUUAGUGCCCACUGAAGAAAGCUCUACGAUGACUUUCAAUAGCGGCGGGGGGGCACAAACAAACAAUGUGAACAGCGGCAGUGGGCAGCAGAUCAACAAUAAUGCGCAUGUUGGAACCCAGCAUUUCAAUUCCGUCACUCUUAGGCACAAGGAAGACUUCAGUUUUCGCGGGCCCAUUGGUAUCAAUCUGGGUCAAGCGCCUCGUAUUGCUCCAGAACUCUUCGUCGGUCGGAGCUCCGAGCUGCAUGAAAUGGCACGAAUCUUGCAGCCUCUUAACACCCCUCGAAUCCAACAGCGCCUAUUUCUCGGCGGUAUGGGUGGUAUCGGCAAGACCCAGCUUGCCAUUGCUUAUGCAGAGUCUCAUCGUGGAUCUUACAACUCGGUUUUUUGGCUGAAUACAGUAUCUGAAGCAGCACUGAAAGACAGCUUUCGAUCAAUCGCCUCACUCAUCUUUCCCGUACAGGACCCCGAGGUCUUGGAAAGUAGUGCGAUUGUUGGACGUGUACAUCGGUGGCUAUCUGAUUCAAGAAAUACGAGAUGGCUUUUGAUCUUUGACAACUAUGAUGACCCCAGCCAAUUUGAUAUCGACGACUAUCUCCCACCCGCUUCUCAUGGGACGAUCAUAGUCACCACCCGACGGCUAGAUCUUGCUGGGAAUACUCUGCAAAUAAAGCCUUUGCAGGGCAUUGCAGAUGGCCUGGCCGUUCUGCAAACUCGAUCUAAGAGAGAAAAUUUGCAAUCAGACCCUUCUGCGAAGCGCCUUGCCGAGCGACUAGACGGUUUCCCUCUUGCUUUGGCCGCCGCUGGUACUUAUAUCCAACUAACAGGUCUUUCUUUUGAGCGCUAUUUGUAUGAGUACGAGGCUCGUUGGAAUAUUGAUCCCAACCGCACCGUCCCGCUCCAUGAGUAUCGCGAGCAUACACUGUACACGACCUGGGAUCUAUCAUACGCUCGUCUUGCAACUGAAGAUCCCGACGCGGCAAACUUGCUGAGAAUGCUGGCCUACUUUGAUAAUCAAAGCCUCUGGUACGAGCUAUUUCACGGUGGACUUGGAGAUAAUUCUCCUGAGUGGCUUCGUGAAGUGGUUUCAAGCGACGUGACCUUCCGUGGAGCGAUGGCCAUCUUGACCCAAUACUACUUUCUAGAGAUUGACUGGACGUCAGGAUCGUGGAGCAUGCAUAACUGUGUACACGACUGGACAUUAGCAGCACUUAAUAAGCAUAUCGAUGUAAGCCAUUACUGGUAUGCUGUUGACUGUGUUGUUGCGUGCAUCACGGGAGCUCCUGAGGAUUCGCUUAGGCAUACUUCCUUCUCUCGUGUCGCUCGUCAUGCAGGACGGCUAGCGGAACAGCGUUUCCUCGAGAACGACCUGAUUUCCGAUUCUCAGCCUGAUCAACUAGAUGAUCAACUAGAUGAUCAACUAGAUGAUCAACUAGAUAAGGUAUCAAAGAUGUCACGACUAUUUCGAGAGCAAUUUCAGCUGGUCAAGGCGGAGCAGAUGCAAACGCGUGUGUUAGCUGGGUAUGAAAAAGCGCUGGGACCACACCACACGUCAACCCUCAUCGCUGUCUGCAAUCUCGGGAGCCUAUACAAGGACCUAGAUAAGCUGGACAAGGCGGAGCAGAUGUACGUGCGCGCGCUCGCUGGGAGGGAGAAAGCGCUAGGACAGGACCACAUAUCAACCCUCAACGUUGUCAGCCAUCUCGGGUUCUUAUAUUUUCACCAAGGCGAGCUAGAUAAGACAGAGAAGAUGGGCAUGCGGGCACUAGCUGGGUAUGAGAAAGCGCUGGGGCCAGACCACCAGUCAACCCUCGCUACUGUUAGCUUUCUCGGUGACCUAUAUCAUCGCCAACGCAAGCCAGAUAAAGCUGAGCAGAUGCAUAUGCGGGUGCUAGCUGGGUAUGAGAAAGCGCUGGGACCGCACCACACGUUAACCCUUGAUGCUGUUAGAAAUCUUGGGCGCCUAUACAAAGACCAAGGCAAGCUGGACAAGGCAGAGAAAAUGUACAUGCGGGCGUUAGCUGUCAGAGAGAAAGCUCUAGGACAGGACCACACAUCAACCCUCGACGAUGUCAACCAUCUCGGGGUCCUAUAUUGUCGCCAAGGGAAGCUGGACAAGGCAGAGAAGAUGGGCAUGCGGGCACUAGCUGGGUAUGAGAAAGCGCUGGGGCCAGACCACCAGUCAACCCUCGCUACUGUUAGCUUUCUCGGUGACCUAUAUCAUCGCCAACGCAAGCCAGAUAAAGCUGAGCAGAUGCAUAUGCGGGUGCUAGCUGGGUAUGAGAAAGCGCUGGGACCGGACCACACAUCAACUCUUGGCACUAUUAGCGAUCUCGGGGACCUAUAUCGUCGCCAAGGCAAAAUGGAUAAGGCAGAGAAGAUGCACACGCGGGCUGUAGCUGGGUAUGAGAAAACGCUGGGACCAAGCCAUAAUUUGACCCUCGUCGCUCUCAACAAGUUGGGAAUCCUUUAUCGUGAGCAGAGCAAGCUGGAUAAGGCAGAGCAGAUGUACGUGCGCGCGCUAGCUGGAUUCGAGAAAGCGCUAGGACCGGACCACACAUCAACUCUUGGCACUAUUAGCGAUCUCGGGGACCUAUAUCGUCGCCAAGGCAAAAUGGAUAAGGCAGAGAAGAUGCACACGCGGGCUGUAGCUGGGUAUGAGAAAACGCUGGGACCAAGCCAUAAUUUGACCCUCGUCGCUCUCAAUAAGUUCGGAAUCCUUCAUCGUGAGCAGGGCAAGCUGGAUAAGGCAGAGCAGAUGUAUGUGCGCGCGCUAGCUGGGUUCGAGAAAGCGCUGGGACCGGAACAUGAAACAACUCGUGGUAUUAUCAACAAUUUGGGGCACCUAUAUUCUCACCAGGGCAAGCUGGAUAAGGCCGAGCAGAUGCACAUACGGGUACUAACCGGGAGAGAGAGAGCCCUAGGUCAGGACCACAUAUUAACCCUCACCUCUGUCGGUCAUCUCGGGAGCGUAUAUUUUGACCAAGGUAAUCUGGACAAGGCAGAGAAGAUGCAUACCCGGGCGCUAGCUGGGAAAGAGAAAAUGCUAGGACCAGAUCACACAUCAACCCUCGACGCUGUUCGCGGUCUCGCGACCGUAUAUGCAACCCAGAACAGGUUUGAUAAGGCGGAACAGAUGUACCUGCGGGAGCUAGUUGGACGUGAGAAAGCGCUGGGACCUGAGCACACAUCAACCCUGGAUACUGUUAACAAUCUCGGGAUUCUAUAUCAUCACCAACGGGAGCUAGACAAGGCGGAGGAGAUGUAUAUGCGGGUGCUAGCUGGGAGAGAGAAAGUGCUAGGAUCGAACAACGCAUCAACCCUUGAUAGUUUCCACAAUCUUGGGAUACUGUAUGCAUCUCAGAAAAAGUUGGAUAAGGCGGAGAAGAUGUACCUGCGGGCGCUAAUUGGGAAAGAGAAAGUGCUGGGAUCGGACGACACGUCAACCGUCCAGACCCGCAACAAUCUCAGAAAACUCUACAGUGACUAA